AUGUCAUCCAGACCUUUUGAAAGUCCUCCACCUUAUCGACCAGAUGAAUUCAAACCUUCUCACUAUGCACCAAGCAACAUUACAUAUGCUGAGGAGAUGCGUUCUCAGCCCAUGUACUCUCAACCAGCGUAUUCCUACUAUCCAGAGGAUGAAGUGCAACACUUCUACAAAUGGACUUCCCCUCCAGGAAUAAUAAAGAUCAUGUCAGUUCUCAUUAUAGUGAUGUGUGUAGGCAUCUUUGCUUGUGUUGCUUCCACAUUGCCUUGGGAUCUAGAAUUCUAUGGAAGUUCCUCUUUGGGAUCUGGUGUAGGAUAUCCUGGAUAUGGUGGUUUUGGAGGCAGUUACAGUGGCAGUUACGGUUAUGGCUCCGGAUAUGGAUAUGGUGGAGCCUAUGGCAUUGGAGGAAAUUACAUUGAGCCCCGAGCUGCUAAAGGCUUCAUACUUGCAAUGUCAGCUUUUUGCUUCAUUGCUGGAAUGGCGAUUUUUAUAAUAAGUGUUACCAACUCAAGCAUGUCCAGAACAAGAAGAUAUUAUCUAAUUGUGAUAAUAGUAAGUGCUAUCCUUGGCUUCUUGGUAUUCAUUGCAUCCAUAGUGUAUGUACUGGCAGUAAACCCAACAGCACAAGCUUCAGGAUCAGUGUUCUACAAUCAACUUGUUGCUCUGUGCAGCCAAUAUUAUGCCUCUACAAAUACAGGAAUCUUUGUGAAUCAAUACUUGUAUCACUACUGUGUGGUAGAGCCUCAAGAGGCUAUCGCUAUUGUGUUGGGAUUCUUGGUUAUUGUGGCUUUUGCCAUAAUCAUAUACUUUUCUGUAAAGACCCGAAAUCAGAUGAAUUAUUAUGGUAAAAUGAACAUUCUCUGGGAUAAAGCAAAGGUUUAUGAAGAAGAUCCCCCCAAUGUAGAAGAAUGGGUAAAAAAUGUAAAUGCAGAACCAGUAGUGGACUAUCCAGAUCGAGUUGCCAGUUCCAUGGUUUACUCUGUUUCUGAGAAAGUUAACGAAAAUCGAGUUUAUACAGACACCUACAGAGCUAUGCCGGAGUCUGAAGUUAUUGUUCCGUUAAUGAAGGACCUCACACAGUCAAAUUAUACUGGUAACAGUAGUUAUGAUGGAUCGACUAAGGAACCACCACAAAAGAGAAGAGCCGGAAGACGGAAGAGAACCAACUCUGAUAACUAUGAUGCAGAUUACACCACUGGAGGGGAGUCUUGUGAUGAGCUGGAGGAGGACUGGGACAGGGAAUACCCACCAGUAACAACAGAUCAACAAAGGCAAGCAUAUAAGCGAGACUUUGACUCUGGAUUACAAGAAUACAAGAGUUUGCAAGCUGAACUUGAUGAAGUCAGUAAAACACUCUCUCGACUGGAUAAAGAGUUGGAUGACUACAGUGAAGACAGUGAGGAAUAUAAGGUUGCUGCUGAUCAGUACAAUAGGAUGAAGGAUAUAAAAGCAUCAGCAGACUAUAAGAACAAAAAGGCACAGUGCAAGAAACUGAAGAGUAAACUGUCGCACGUAAAAAGGAUGGUCAGUGAUUAUGACAAUCGGAGAUCAUAG